AUGGCGCGGAAGCUGUUCAACUUGCUGAAUGAGCGGGCAGCUGAAGGAAAACCCGUCCAUACUAUGGGCGCCAUCGACCCCGUCCAGAUGACCCAGCAAGCCCCCAACCAGGAAGUCUUGUAUGUCUCCGGCUGGGCGUGCUCGUCGCUCCUGACGACGACCAACGAAGUCUCUCCCGACUUUGGCGACUAUCCGUACAACACCGUGCCCAACCAGGUCCAGAGGCUAUUCAAGGCCCAGCAGCUGCAUGACCGGAAACACUGGGACGCACGGCGCAAGCUGAGUCCCGAGCAGCGCAAGUCGACCCCGUACAUCGACUAUUUGCGGCCCAUCAUUGCAGACGGAGACACGGGACACGGAGGGCUGUCUGCUGUCAUGAAGCUGGCCAAGCUGUUCGCCGAGAACGGCGCGGCGGCCGUGCAUUUCGAAGACCAGCUCCACGGGGGCAAGAAAUGCGGCCAUCUGGCCGGCAAAGUGCUCGUCCCCGUCGGCGAGCAUAUCAACCGCCUGGUCGCGGCGCGGUUCCAGUGGGAUCUGAUGGGGACGGAGAAUCUCGUCAUUGCGCGCACCGACUCGGAGAGCGGGAAGCUGCUCAGCAGCGCCGUCGAUGUCCGGGACCACGAGUUCAUCCUGGGCGUCACGGAAGACAUUGAGCCGCUGGCAGAGACGCUCCAGGCGAUGGAACGCGACGGAGCCAGCGCCGCGGAGAUCGAUGCGUACGAGAGCAACUGGGUGAAAACCCACAAGCUCGUCACGUUUGACGAAGCUGUCGACCAGCAUCUGCAAGCCGAAGGAGCCUCCCAGGCUGUGCGCGACGCCUAUCAAGCCAAGGUCCGGGAGAACCCCAACCUGUCUCUCUCUCGCCGUCGCGAACUGGCGAAGGAGUUUACCAAGAGCCCGGUCGUCUGGUCAUGCGAUGUCCCCCGCACCCGCGAGGGAUUCUACCAUUACCGCGCUGGCUUCCCCGCAGCGACCAAGCGCGCCAAGGAGUUCGCUCCGUAUGCGGAUCUCCUGUGGGUGGAGACGGGCGACCCCAAUGUCGAGAAGGCGGCCAAACUGGCUCGCGACGUGCGGGAGGUGUAUCCGGGGAAGAAGUUCGUCUACAACCUCAGCCCGUCCUUCAACUGGAUGGCGCAGGGCUUUGACGAGGCGUCGCUGAAGUCCUUUGUCUGGGAUCUCGCCAAGCAUGGGUUUGUUCUCCAGCUGAUUUCGCUGGCCGGUCUCCACUCCAACGCCACCAUCACGACGGAGCUCUCGCGCGCCUUCAAGGACGAGGGCAUGCUCGCCUACGUGCGGCUCAUCCAGUCGCGUGAGAAGGAGCUGGGCGUGGACGUGCUGACGCAUCAGAAAUGGAGUGGAGCGCCGUACCUGGAUGGCAUUCUGGGCGCCAUCCAGAGUGGCAGCAGCAGCAGCAAGAGCAUGGGCGAGGGCAACACGGAGAAGGGUUUUUAA